AUGAAGAAGUGGGAGGUCGCGGAGCAAGUAGGCGAUGAGGAGAAGGUCAAGGAGGCGAAGCAGGAGGUCAAGGAGGCGGAGCAGAAGGUCAAGGAGGCGAAGCAGGAGGUCAAGGAGGCGAAGCAGGAGGUCAAGGAGGCGGAGCAGAAGGUCAAGGAGGCGGAGCAGAAGGUCAAGGAGGCGGAGCAGAAGGUCGAGAAGGCCAAGCAGCAGGUCAAGGAGAUGGUGCAGAAGGUCGAGGUCGCUUCCAAAGACUUCGACAUAGCAGCGUGUACGCGGCCUCCGAUCAAAGUCCGACCGAGCCACUUCGUGCAACUUGCCCCUUGUGUGUCAGCCUGCAUCGAGGCUGUGAACAAGCGCUUGCCAGAGCAGACAGAGGCUACCAGUGUGCGAGUUCCCCCGGCGGUGCUCUCCCGGUGCAUGCGCGGGGGCAAGACCACAGUGCUGAUGCACGUCUUCGACGAGCUGAAAGAGAAGUCCAAGAACCCUAUUUUCAUAAGCUUUAAUGGGGACUCGCUUAUCCGGCAGCUCGAGAACGAAAGCUGCCUGGAAACGAUGCUGAGGGCCAUCGCCGUUGCACUGCUGACAACGAAGCCCGCGAAGCGUGAUGAGACUGCGCGAAUUCUCUGUAGGCAGAAUGUCUUGGAGGAGUACCUGAAGGACAAGAAGGAUGUCGUCCUGAUCGUCGACGAGCUAAAUGUUUUGCUGAAGCCAGACAAGUCAGAUGAUGGCUAUGCAGAGGUUGGCGCGUUCCUGCGGGAGCAAUUCCUCGACCCUUCAGGCCGAUACCUGAUUUUCAGCACUCAUGUUCCAACCGGCUUCGGCCUGUCCCAUCUUUUGGGCAAGGGCUCAGGCAGCACUCGUACAGCAGAGACUAUAGAGAUGCCCAGGUCGCAUGACAUGCCGUCACUCAGGAGCAUGGGCGAACAAUGUGAGGCUUUGACUCCUUGCGAGGCUGCGUACUAUGGACGAAUACCAUCCCUAAUCUAUUCCGUGAAGAUGCCGCACAGCAGCUUCAACAUACUGGAACGGUUCCAGGCAGUAGAAUGUGGGGAACCAACACAAGCCUUGAUCGCAUCUUUUCUCUCAGAGUUCUUCACGGGUGUGCGGAGUGCAGACUCAGAUCCAAUACGAGCCUUCGACACCCUCACCGAAUGCCCAGCCAGCGGACGGAUUCGGUGGAUCCUUGCAUAUGUGGGUCAAAUGUGCUCUCACCUGGGAUUGUCAGAAAUUGCCGGUUGGGUCGACGAGAUCCCCAUGCUAUCGGAAAAGGUCGAUAGCUGCCUAGACUGGGAGGCCAUCGUCCUGGUCGCGCUCAGCCUCCGAUGCGUCCAGGCCAAGUACAACUAUGUCCACCCGCUCUUGAAUCUGCCAGAAGGUGCUGUGCCGGUCAAAGACGUUUUCCUGAAAAAAGUGCCACAGGAUUGGUGCAAAACGCUGCCCGACAUGGUGAAGUGGUGGAAGCAGAGGACCGUAUCACCUGAUGCAUUCCCGUACAUCGCAGUGUUGUCGCCAAACUUCGCAAAGACGGAGGUUGUUGACGCAGCAUGGAUCUACAAGCAAGAUUCAGCGAGCAACUGCGUGGUGCGGGGCGUGCAAAUGAAGCUGGGAAGAACUGUGCCAAGAAUGCCACACGACAUGCUUGGCUUGGUUAUGAGAGGAAGAGCACCAUCAAUAGGCAAGCGGGCCGAGGGCUGGGUGUACCCGAGCUCAGGUGACAUUCGUGAUUUUUUGGGUGCUUCCUUGUCAGCCCUCUAUCCUUCUGACUGGAGCCCUGUAGUUCUACAAAUCAUUAUCAUAAGACUGUUUCACCCACAAGUCUGGAAUUUAAACGGCGGGAAGUGGACAGUGUCGAAGAAGAAGGUGUUCAAGCCUGCGUGCUCAGUUUGGCAAGACUGCACCAUGGAGCAAGCGUUUUGUGAGUGCGAGUGUUGGCAGGUGGAGGGAACUGCGGCUGGGCAAAGGCUCGUGAGAUUGUGGAGCAAUCGACCUAGCCUUCUUCGUACCAACAGCUCAGGCGGUCGCAACAACUUCGUGACGUCAGCGCCAGGCAGCUGGUGCCCGGUGAGUAGCCGGUUGUUGCCUUUGUUUGUCCUUUCUGGUAUCGUGUGCUACAAGCUCGAAUAUCCACGGGCUGCGAGGGCCGAGCUGCGUUGGGAGCUGCGUUGGCGGCUGAGCUUGUUUGUGUGGGAGAGGGCUGCAGCAGGGACUGGUCACGGAAAGCAAGCCUUAAACUUUUCCUUCCUUCAACGCCAGAUGCUUCCAUCAAAGUUGAUCCACCUGAUGGGUGCUCGCAGGACUCACGUGAUUCAGGGACCGACGCUGGUGGCACACUCAUGGGUGAGAGGCCGUGAGUGGCUGUAG